CCCUCCGCGCCUCGCCUCCUCCGCCCCGCGCCCUGCGGUGCUGCAGCUGCGGGCGGCUCCAGCUGCCCCCAGAUGUGGGCUGGGCGGCGCGCGGGGAACUUUCGCGCCGGCAGCGAGUGCGGGGCCCCGGCUGCGGUCCGGCUGCCAUGGAUCCGCCGGCGGGAGCCGCUCGCCGCCUGCUCUGCCCCGCGCUGCUGCUGCUGCUGCUGCUGCUGCUGCCGCCGCCGCCGCCGCCGCUCCUGCUGCCGCCGCCGCCCGCGGACGCCCGGCUCGCCGCCGCCGCCGCCCCCCCGGGCCGGCCCCUGGGGCGCGGAGCGGAGCGCAUCCUGGCGGUGCCGGUGCGCACUGACGCCCAGGGCCGCUUGGUGUCCCACGUGGUGUCGGCGGCGUCGGCCCAGGCGGGAGUACGCGCCCGCGCCCGCAGGGCGGCCCCAGUCCAGACCCCGGGCUUGGGCUUACCUGGAGACCACGAGGAGGACCCCGGCGGCCGCCUCUUCUACAAUGUCACGGUCUUCGGCCGAGACCUGCACCUGCGGCUGCGGCCCAACGCCCGCCUCGUGGCGCCUGGCGCCACCGUGGAGUGGCAAAGCGAGUCAGGCGCCACCCGCGUGGAGCCCCUGCUUGGGACGUGCCUCUACGUCGGAGACGUGGCGGGCCUGGCUGAAGCCUCCUCCGUGGCGCUCAGCAACUGCGACGGACUGGCUGGCCUGAUCCGUAUGGAGGAGGAGGAAUUCUUCAUUGAACCCCUGGAGAAGGGGCUGGCAGCCGAGGAAGCUGAGCGCGGCCGUGUGCAUGUGGUAUAUCGCCGGCCCCCCACCACUAGGCCCCCUCCUCCGGGGGGGCCACAGGCCCUGGACACAGGGGCCCUGCUGGGCAGCCUGGAUAACCUCAGCCAUGCCCUGGGUGUCCUGGAGGAGCAUGUCAAUGGCUCAAGGCGCAGGACGCGAAGGCAUGCUGCCGACGGUGACUACAACAUUGAGGUCCUGCUGGGUGUGGAUGACUCUGUGGUCCAGUUCCAUGGGAAGGAGCAUGUGCAGAAAUACCUGCUCACACUCAUGAACAUUGUCAACGAAAUCUAUCACGAUGAGUCCUUGGGGGCCCACAUCAAUGUCGUCUUGGUGCGAAUAAUCCUGCUGAGCUACGGGAAGUCCAUGAGCCUCAUUGAGAUUGGGAAUCCCUCUCAGAGCCUGGAGAAUGUCUGCCGCUGGGCUUACCUCCAACAGAAGCCGGACACAGGUCAUGACGAGUACCACGAUCACGCCAUCUUCCUCACACGGCAGGACUUCGGGCCUUCGGGCAUGCAAGGCUAUGCUCCUGUCACUGGAAUGUGCCACCCUGUCCGCAGCUGCACUCUGAACCAUGAGGAUGGCUUCUCCUCAGCAUUCGUGGUGGCCCAUGAGACUGGCCAUGUGCUGGGCAUGGAGCACGACGGGCAGGGCAACCGCUGUGGCGACGAGGUGCGGCUGGGCAGCAUCAUGGCGCCCCUGGUGCAGGCAGCCUUCCAUCGCUUCCACUGGUCCCGCUGCAGCCAGCAGGAGCUGAGCCGCUACCUGCACUCCUAUGACUGCCUGCGGGAUGACCCGUUUGCCCACGACUGGCCGGCGCUGCCCCAGCUCCCCGGGCUGCACUACUCCAUGAACGAGCAGUGCCGCUUUGACUUCGGCCUGGGCUACAUGAUGUGCACGGCGUUCCGGACCUUCGACCCCUGCAAGCAGCUGUGGUGUAGCCACCCUGACAACCCCUACUUUUGCAAGACCAAGAAGGGCCCUCCCCUGGACGGGACCAUGUGUGCACCUGGCAAGCAUUGCUUUAAAGGACACUGCAUCUGGCUGACGCCUGACAUCCUCAAGCGGGAUGGCAACUGGGGUGCUUGGAGUCCAUUCGGCUCCUGCUCACGCACCUGUGGCACAGGUGUAAAGUUCCGGACCCGCCAGUGUGACAACCCACACCCAGCCAACGGGGGCCGUACUUGCUCAGGCCUUGGCUACGAUUUCCAGCUCUGCAACUCCCAGGACUGCCCUGAUGCCCUGGCUGACUUCCGUGAGGAACAGUGUCGGCAGUGGGACCUGUACUUCGAGCACGGCGAUAACCAGCACCACUGGCUGCCCCAUGAGCAUCGGGAUGCCAAGGAGAGAUGUCACCUCUACUGCGAGUCCAAGGAGACCAGAGAGGUGGUGUCUAUGAAGCGCAUGGUGCACGAUGGCACCCGCUGUUCCUACAGGGACGCCUUCAGCCUCUGUGUGCGUGGGGAGUGCAAGAAGGUGGGCUGUGAUGGAGUGAUUGGCUCCAGCAAGCAGGAGGACAAAUGUGGCGUGUGUGGAGGGGACAACACUCACUGCAAAGUGGUCAAAGGCACAUUCACACGCUCCCCCAAGAAGCUUGGUUACAUCAAGAUGUUUGAGAUCCCAGCAGGAGCCAGACACCUGCUUAUCCAGGAGGCAGACAGCACCAGCCACCACCUGGCCGUCAAGAACCUGGAGACGGGCAAGUUCAUUUUAAACGAAGAGAAUGAUGUGGAUCCUAAUUCCAAGUCCUUCAUUGCAAUGGGUGUGGAGUGGGAGUACAGGGAUGAGGAUGGCCGAGAGACCCUGCAGACCAUGGGCCCACUUCAUGGCACCAUCACCGUUCUGGUCAUCCCACAGGGAGAUGCCCGGAUCUCGCUGACAUACAAGUAUAUGAUCCACGAGGACUCGCUCAACGUGGACGGCAACAAUGUCCUGGAAGACGACUCUGUAGCCUAUGAGUGGGCCCUGAAGAAGUGGACUCCCUGCUCCAAGCCCUGCGGUGGAGGCUCCCAGUUCACCAAGUAUGGUUGCCGCCGGAGGCUGGACCACAAGAUGGUGCAUCGAGGCUUCUGCGACGCCCUCACCAAGCCCAAAGCCAUCCGCCGGGCUUGCAACCCACAGGAGUGCUCCCAGCCUGUGUGGGUCACAGGUGAAUGGGAGCCUUGCAGUCAGAGCUGUGGGCGGACAGGCACGCAGGCUCGCUCUGUGCGCUGCGUGCAGCCACUGCACAACAAUACCACCCGCUCCGUGCACACCAAGCACUGCAAUGACGCCCGGCCCGAGGGCCGCCGGGCCUGCAAUCGUGAGCUCUGCCCUGGUCGGUGGCGGGCUGGAUCCUGGUCCCAGUGCUCGGUGACCUGUGGCAAUGGCACCCAGGAGCGGCCAGUGCUCUGCCGAACGGCGGAUGACAGCUUCGGGAUCUGCCGGGAGGAGCGGCCUGAGACAGCCAGGAUCUGCAGGCCGGGCCCCUGUCCCCGAAACAUCUCUGAUCCUUCCAAGAAGAGCUACGUGGUUCAGUGGCUGUCCCGACCGGACCCCGACUUGCCAGUCCAGAAGACCUCGUCAAAGGGCCGCUGCCAAGGCGACAAGUCAAUGUUCUGUAGGAUGGAAGUCUUGUCUCGCUAUUGCUCCAUCCCAGGCUACCACAGGCUGUGCUGCAAGUCUUGUAACCUGCACGACAACCUCACUGAUGCAGACGACGGAGUGGAGCUGCCCCCCGGGAAGCUCAACGACAUUGAAGAGCUCAUGCCCACCCUCCCAGUGCCCACUCUAGUCAUGGAGGUGCAACCUGUGCCAGGCACGCCCCCACGGGUGCCCCUCAAUGCCUCCCACACCAACAGCACCGAGGAUCACCCAGAUACCAACGCCGUCGACGUGCCCUACAAAAUCAGCGGCCUGGACGAGGAUGUCCAGCCACCCAACCUGAUCCCUCGACGACCGAGCCCAUAUGAAAAGACCAGAAACCAGAGGAUCCAAGAGCUCAUUGAUGAGAUGAGGAAGAAAGAGAUGCUCGGGAAGUUCUAAUAAAAUGGAAAGAUAGCAUCAAUAGCAUUUCCCCCCCUUGCUUAUAGAUAUAUUCCAUGGGAUGGCAAAUCAUGGAGAUGAAGGAAAAAUUUCUGAUUCCAAAAGGUUUUGAGAAAACGGGAGAAUGACAUAAACAUCUAUGCAUAUGGUUGUGAGCAUGUGGCAGCAGGUUAGCACAUCUGUUUGUUGGCCAGCUCUGGAAUGUUCCAUGUCCCUUGCUGGGACCGGGUGUUGGGGUAGAGAGCAAUAGAGAGGUUCUUUGAGUGCCGUGAAUGAGGGAGGGCAGGAGGCUAACCCAGAGAGAGGAGACACAUGCCCUGAGCUCCUGAGCAGUGAUUGGCCAUCUUCUUUUCCUUGGUGGUGAUAGUCCUUCUGGAGCUGCGGGCCAUUUCCUACCAAUCCCCAGCCAAGCCCCAAGCCCCAUGCGGACUCCUAGGAGAAACAGUGAUUUAUUUACCAAUCAGCCCAUCACUAAGAUGAGCACAAUGAAGUGCAGGUGGUGAACAUGAAUGCCAGUGACUCCAAGGGCCAGGCAGGUGGUGAGGAUGUGUGGUCCCCCACUAGAGCUGCUUGCUGGCUCCAGCUGCUGCUGCCUCUGGGAGAGCUGGCCCCCACUGCCAGAUAGUGUGCUUUCAGUAGAAGUCUAGCUCUGUGUGCAAAAAUCCUCAAUCCUCAAACUUCAACUCAAAAUACAGGGUGUCUGGAAGGUCUGUUGGGUUCUAGAGCCACCAGGCUGCAGCCUGUGGUCUCCAGGCCUGGCCAGAUGCAGUCUCUUGGGAGUAGGACUUCAGGAAAGCCACCUGGCCCAUUUGAUGCUCAUGCCCCAUGUUGACUCAGCCCAGACUGAAGCUGUCCACUCCUUCCUGGGAAGGUACUGAGACUUGAUAGAUCUAAAUGGUGGGCCACAUUUCCUACAUGAGGAGAAGACAGCAGGGUGCACUCCUGGGCUCCCUCAGGCCUCUCUCAUGUCUCCGUUGGCCCCAGGGCUCCCCAGGGAGGCUCUCCCUCCCCAAGUGCACUGGAAGAAUGAUGGGGGCAUGGACUCUGCUGCAAAGUCCAGUGAGUGGUCAAGGCCGGUGACUCUCCCAGAACGGUGCAAGGGGGUGCUGCCACCAGGGUGACUGGGCUCUGGGUUCUGAGAUGGGGCUCUGCAGGCUCAGGUUGCCUCCUAAAGACCAGCUUUGCUUGUGGGUGUGGCCCUGUCCUGUCCAGCCCUGUGGAGCCCCCUUCCAUGCCUUGGAAGUGCUAGCAGGGAACUGGAAUAUCUGGCCUCCGAUGGGAAGCCCAGGUGGGAAGUGGGGAGACUCUGCUUUAUCUUUGGCUGUUCUAAACUUUUACAACUUCUGUUUUCAGCAGAAUGGUGCUUUGUUAGCAAGAUGUGAAUGAGAGAGAAAUGGAGUGGGGGUGGAUGGGAGGAUGGUGCCUAAUUUUCACCUCUCCCUACAUUGAUAUUUUGUGAACAUGUAGCUUCAACUUGCCCAAAUUACAAAACCCAGGGACACUGUAGCUGCUUAGCUGGGCCUAGCCUCACAUGUAAUUCUUAAGCUUUCCAUGUCUAGGAAAGUUCUAGAGUCUUUGUAUUCUCAGCAGUCCAGAUGCUAGAGAACUCUUUCCUGUGUGAUUCCCCAUCAUAUGGAUGGGAACACUGAGGUUCAGGGUGAUAGCAUGAUGGCUACUUUAUACGGAGUCUGAGGUGCUAAGUAUGUUUGUCUGCUCCGUGCAUGCAUGUGGGUGUGUGUCUGUAUGUGAUCUAAGGGACAAAGUGAGGGUGUAGGAACCAGUGAGAAUGCUAUCUGGGAUGAUGGGAUGAUGCUGAACCUCCCCACUGGGUGAUAACCAGCUUCCCCUCACCUCUGCCUGGCCCAGCGGCCUCCCUCCCCUCUACCACCAUGUCCCACACAUACUCACACCUGUCCUGGUGUCUCAGAGGGCCUUGCUGGUUCCUAAGAAGCAAACUGGAGAAAACAUUUUUGGCUCUCUCUCAUAGUAUCACUUCUUUAACAGAUGUGGUAUACAGCACUUUUGCAGUCCUGUCUCUCUAUAAUCAGGAAAUGGAUGCCUUGGCUUUCCCUCAUUGGUUGAACCCAUGGCAGCUGGUGCUAUUCACAGGCUGAAGGACUAGGGCAGUUCUUGCUUGGGUCUGUCCUGGGAUGCAGAGGAAGCUCAGGGUGACUGACCAGAGAGUAUUACUCAGUUUACGCAGCCUGGGGACCUCAGGAUGGGAACGCUCCAUUCCCAGAUCCAAGCAGAGCAGGGCUCCAUGUCUUGGGGCUGGAAGGCUUCAGGGAGAGGCCCCAGGUGGGACAUACCCAGGGUUACCUGUCUUCUUCUGGAAGGAGAGAGAUGGACACCAUCCCAUAGGUGAUACUCACUGCCUGGGGCCAUGUUCCCACAGAGUUCUCAAGAACCAGACGAUCUGCCAAGGUUUCUCUAAGGAAUACAGGGUUUAUUAGACUCUGAGAGACUUCUAAUCCCCACUGAGCUCGGGACAGUGGGACAGCCAGCCUAGCAACAGUCCUGAGUCUGGGGGCCAAUAAAGCCUGAAGGCCAGGGAGGUUUUCUAGCUGAGGUCCUGGAACACUGUGUUGAGAUCAGAAGUCCUCUCCAUCUGCAGCUCCAGGAAGCUUCAUUAGUGGGGAGACUCCUGCUGGGGCUUGGGAACAUGGCUCUGAUCUCCUUUUGGAAAACCCAUGGAAUUUCCCGUGUAAGCCUUUUGUUUGUAUUUCAAGGUUGUUUGUUUGUUGGGUGUCUAUAAAUGGUGCUCAGUAGCACUCUUUCUCAGAUGAACAUGAAGACUCUACCCCCCAAAUGCCAGGCAGCCACCACAGGAAUCAUGACAUGGUGCUGAACUCAAGUCACAGCAUUUUAUCUUACUGAUCACAGCCAUCGACACAUUUGUUUUCUGUAUAGAAAAAUUUGGCUUCUUGAUUUUAUAACUUAUUAAAGUCAAAAUGUCUGUGUUUUUGCACAUCA